UCAAUGACAGCUAGCUGUCAGAAAGUGAGUUCAUUCCCUCUAGCCGAGGAGACAGAGCGCAGUCGUUAGGUCUUUACCCUUCCGUUGGUAUUAGCGCCUGAAAUCAGCGAGACAGCGGGCAGAGCUCUCCACCGAGCCCGGCCAUGGACGAACAGGCGGGGCCCGGUGUCUUCUUCAACAACAACAACAACUCUGUUUUAGCCGGCGGAGGGAAAGGACCUCUGCCUGAUGGCGACGCUGGGGAGGCGGCUAGGGCGCAGUACAGUAUCCCGGGGAUCUUGCACUUCCUGCAGCACGAAUGGGCCCGUUUCGAAGUAGAGAGGGCACAAUGGGAGGUGGAGCGGGCCGAAUUACAGGCCCAAAUCGCCUUCCUGCAGGGGGAGAGGAAGGGCCAGGAAAACUUGAAGAAAGACCUUGUGAGGAGGAUCAAAAUGCUGGAGUACGCGCUGAAGCAAGAGAGAGCAAAGUACCACAAGUUAAAAUAUGGGACGGAGUUAAAUCAAGGCGACAUGAAGCCUCCAAGCUAUGACUCUGAUGAGGCCAACGAGAACGAGUCUUCUGGAUCGCUCAAUAAUCAGCUGUCCUGGAAACAAGGCCGUCAGCUCCUCAGACAGUACCUGCAGGAGGUGGGCUACACAGACACCAUCCUGGAUGUAAAGUCCCAGCGGGUCAGAGCACUGCUAGGACUAGCCGGAGACGGUGCUGGGAGGACGGGUGAACGGACCAGUGCUGAGCCUUUGGUCAAUGGGACUGACACGUCGGCAAAGGGCAUGGGCACCAGAGGGAAAGCUGAGCUCUCUGAAACCAGCGCUGUACUUGAGGCUUUCAAGUUUAUUGAGAAUGCUGCCGCUGAGUUCAGUGAUGAAGAUGAGGAAGAGGACAGCGAGGGAAGGGACAGGACUAAUGUGGAAUCCAGGACGAUCCUGAGGAAGAAGCCCUCAUCGUCAACGACAUUGCCUGCCAGUAUGGACACCAGUGAGGACCCUGACACAGAGGAGGCACUGAAGGGCUUUGACUUCCUGUCCAGCCCUGAUGAGAUGGACACCACGCCGGAGUCCAGAGGCAAUGGGGAUGGCACAGAUUGGGAGAAGGACGAGCAAGGUCCCAUUUCUGAGGCCUGGGAUGUGGACCCGGGCCUGAUAACCAAACUCAAGGAGCAGUACAAAAAGGAGCGCAAGGGGAAAAAGGGGGUGAAGAGGCCAAACCGGUCCAAGCUGCAGGACAUGCUGGCCAACCUGAGAGAUGCAGAGGACUUGUCCCACAUGCAACCUCCAUCCACGCCCCAGUCCCGACCCAACGCGGUCCGGUUCAACGAGCAUGAUGGGAACCGACCAGAUGAAGUUGAGGCACUGACAUUCCCACCCACCUCAGGGAAGUCAUUCAUUAUGGGCACAGACGAGGCCAUGGAGAGCGAGCUGGGCCUGGGGGAGCUCGCGGGACUCACCGUGGCCAAUGAGGCCGACAGUCUGGCAUAUGAUAUUGGCAACAACAAGGAUGCCAUGAGAAAAACAUGGAACCCCAAAUUCACUCUGCGGAGCCAUUUUGAUGGGAUACGAGCUCUGGCUUUUCACCCUGUUGAGCCCGUCCUUGUCACUGCUUCAGAGGACCACACCCUCAAGAUGUGGAACCUGCAAAAGACUGCUCCUGCCAAAAAGAGUGCUGCUUUAGAUGUGGAACCGAUCUACACUUUCAGGGCUCACAGAGGGGCUGUGCUGAGCGUGGUAAUGAGCAGCACAGGGGAGCAGUGUUUCAGUGGAGGGGUUGAUGGGACUAUCCAGUGCUGGAACACCCCCAACCCCAACAUCGACCCCUACGACUCCUACGACCCGUCGAUGCUGCGUGGAGCAAUGUGCGGACACACCGACUCAGUUUGGGGUUUGGUGUACAGCAGUGCGCACCAGCGCCUCCUCUCCUGCUCCGCAGACGGCACCGUCAGACUGUGGGACGCCAACACCACCUCACCUGCCCUCGCUGUAUUCAACGAAGACAAAAAGCUAGGAGUUCCUUCUUCAGUAGACCUGGUGUGCAGUGAACCGGCCCACCUCGUCACAUCCUUUACAAACGGGCAGAUUGGCCUCUUCAACAUGGAGACCCGCCAGCUGGUCCUCAGCCUGGAGUCCAGUUUGGAGCCAGGCACCCCCUGUCAGAUCAACAAGGUCCUCAGUCACCCGACUCUGCCCAUCACCAUCACUGCUCAGGAGGACCGACACAUCAAGUUCUUUGACAACAACAGCGGGAAGCUGAUUCACUCCAUGGUGGCUCACCUGGAUGCUGUCACAAGCUUAGCUGUAGACCCUAAUGGACUUUAUCUCAUGUCAGGCAGUCAUGACUGCUCUAUCCGUCUGUGGAACCUGGAGAGUAAAACCUGCAUCCAGGAGUUCACGGCCCACAGAAAGAAGUUCGAGGAGUCGAUCCACGAUGUGGCGUUUCAUCCGUCUAAAUGCUACAUUGCCAGCGCUGGGGCAGAUGCUCUCGCCAAAGUGUUCGUAUGACGCGGAGCUGCGUCUCUCCCUGCAGCCCCGCUCUGUGACUCAACCUCCCAUGAUCGGGGACCAAUAGAGACACGGGAGGGGAAGGACCUUCAGGCACGGGUCUAAUCCCACCUCUCACAGCCCACCAGUUUCAAGUCGGACUGGUAGACUAUGUAGCCGCUAGCCUGAAACGGGCCUUGACUCUCCAUAGAAAGGGUCGGCAGGGAGGGCAGUCAGGAGAACUGCUCUCUAGUCCCCCAUCUACCAUCCAGGCAGGCCUGGGUGUGACGGGUCACAGUGCCACCCUCCCCCAGACAGACAUAAACUUAACCUCCUUAGCUAGGAGGCUCAGGACAAGUGUUACAGAGUGUUUGGAGUGGAGAAAUGAGGUUUCAAGCCAGUCUUCUGCCCCUGUGACUUCACGCUCAUCCCAAAUCCCUCUGGCCCUUGACCUUCACCUCUCAGACAAACCGGGUCCGGGCCCUUUACUCCAAGUCAGGUUUUGUGUUGUGUUGUUCCAGAAACGUGGGGUACUGAAGGCUCACUGGAGCUGUCGUGGAAGCCUCUCACUUCUUCUUCUUCUUCUCUGCUUCCCAGACUGACUCUGCUUGCUGGCCUGCCUUUAUUUUUCCUUUUUAAAAACACGUAUUGACAAAUGUGCCUUUGCUUUAAAAAGGUCUUGAAAAAUGUUAUUUUAACAAGCUUGUUUCGGGGAACAGGGAGGGAGGGGGAGGGGUGGAGAAACUGAGCUGGUUGUCACAAUGUUGUUGAUUUUAACAUUGGAUGUAAAAUUACAAAUGCUUAUAAUAAACAAAAUAUAUAUUCAGUCUUAAAAUUUACUGUGCAGCGUGAGUUUGAGUGCUCCUUUUUGAAAAGUGUGGUUGGGGAAUCAAUUUUGUGCAUUUCAGGGCUGGUAGAGUGAUACAGAUCAUUAAAUAUAAUGCCUGUCCGUUAGAUUCAAGUUAUUGUACACUUCAGAAGUAAGACUACAAGCAUAAGUGUCCAAAGUAAACCAUCUUGGUUAUAUAAUUAAAAUUCAAACUUGGUUCUAGAUGUCCAUUUUAGGAAUAACUAACUGAUUUUGGCCAGUUUGCUCUUGUUUGAAUUGAAUGGCUUGUAUUGUAUGUAGUUUUCCCCAAUUGUGUGGACAUGCUCGACUACAAUGUGAUGUAUCAUGUCCAGAUAUUUACAGUAGUCCAGUGUUUAGCAGUAGGACUGUUUGAAAUAAUGAGUUUAAUCAUCCAACACUGAGGGGAAGAGGAGCAUCCUGCAAAUUCCAGUUUACUGUAAACUGUGAUCCUGGGUUUGGGGGGAAAAAAAAAGAAAACAAAAAAAAAGCAAAUCAAUCAAGAUGUUGUACAUGUAGAGUACAGCUUCAGAUGAGCCAUUUUCUCAGUCACUGGUUUGUAUAUGAAAGUAUGUUCAAAAUAAAACCUGCUGUAAAAUCUUAA